GGGGGCUUCCCGGUGGCUUCUCGGAUGCGGCGGAAGCAGAAGCGGCUGCUGCAGGCGGUGGGGCUGGCGCUGGCCGCCCUCGUCUUCCUUCCCAACGUGGGGCUAUGGUCGCUUUACCGGGAGCGGCAGCUGGAUGGCGGCGAUGGCAGAGAAGCGGCAGGCGGCGGAGGCGCGUGGGGAGCCCGCGGGGCGGCGGCAGCUGGGGCGGUACCGGCGGCAGCGGCGGCAGCAGCCCGAGGAGAAGCGCAGGGUUUCCGUACAAGGCAGAAGAAAGAAGCUUAUCUUGAAAACAGACAAAGGAAAAAGGACUGGCAUGACAGAGAUGCUAUAAAGAAAGACUUGCAACGUACAGGAAAUGGAGAACAGGGAAAACCGUAUCCUAUGACAGAUACUGAGCAAGUGGACCAGGCAUACAGAGAAAAUGGCUUUAAUAUUUUUGUAAGUGACAAAGUUUCUCUCAAUCGAUCCCUACCAGAUAUACGACACCCAAACUGCAAUAGCAAGCUAUACCUGGAAAACCUCCCCAACACCAGUGUAAUAAUCCCAUUCCACAACGAAGGGUGGUCAUCACUUCUCAGAACAGUGCACAGUGUUCUCAAUCGCUCUCCUCCUGAACUCAUAGCUGAAAUUGUACUGGUGGAUGAUUUCAGUGACAGAGAACACUUAAAAAAGCGCUUGGAGGACUAUAUGGCCCAGUUUCCCAAAGUGAGGAUUCUCCGAACUAAGAAGAGAGAAGGGUUGAUAAGAACUCGUAUGCUGGGAGCUUCUGUUGCUAUAGGAGAUGUUAUUACUUUUUUGGACUCUCACUGUGAGGCCAAUGUGAACUGGUUGCCACCCCUUUUAGACCGCAUUGCUCGAAAUCGCAAAACUAUUGUUUGUCCAAUGAUUGAUGUAAUUGACCAUGACCACUUUGGCUAUGAAACACAAGCUGGAGAUGCAAUGCGAGGUGCAUUUGACUGGGAGAUGUAUUACAAGCGGAUACCUAUUCCUCCUGAAUUACAGAAACCUGACCCGAGUGACCCUUUUGAAUCUCCUGUUAUGGCUGGAGGACUGUUUGCAGUCGAUAGAAAGUGGUUCUGGGAGCUGGGAGGAUAUGAUGCAGGCCUCGAAAUAUGGGGUGGAGAACAGUAUGAAAUAUCAUUUAAGGUAUGGAUGUGUGGGGGUCGUAUGGAAGAUAUUCCUUGUUCCCGUGUUGGUCAUAUCUACAGAAAAUAUGUUCCUUACAAGGUUCCUUCAGGAGUCAGCUUGGCAAGAAACCUGAAGCGUGUUGCUGAGGUGUGGAUGGAUGAAUAUGCAGAGUACAUUUACCAGAGGAGACCUGAAUAUCGGCAUCUGUCUGCAGGAGAUGUGACUGCUCAGAAAGAACUUCGCAGUAAUCUCAACUGCAAAAGCUUCAAAUGGUUCAUGAAUGAAGUUGCUUGGGACUUGCAAAAGUUCUAUCCACCAGUGGAGCCUCCAGCAGCUGCCUGGGGAGAGGUUCGUAAUGUAGGAACUGGCCUCUGUGCAGAUACCAAACAUGGAGCCCUUGGUUCCCCACUACGGGUUGAAGCCUGUGUGAAAGGCAGAGGAGAAGCUGCCUGGAACAGUGUGCAGCAGGUAUUCACAUUUAGCUGGCGAGAGGACAUCCGUCCAGGAGAUCCCCAGCACACAAAGAAAUUCUGUUUUGAUGCUGUUUCCCACAACAGCCCAGUGACUCUCUAUGACUGUCAUGGAAUGAAGGGGAAUCAGCUAUGGAAAUACAGGAAAGACAAGACUCUUUACCACCCAGUAAGUGGCAGCUGCAUGGACUGUAGUGAGAGUGAUCGAAAAAUCUUCAUGAGCACAUGCAAUCCUUCUUCUCCAACACAGCAGUGGAUAUUUGAACACACAAAUUCAACAGUCUUGGAAAACUUUAACAAGAAUCUUGAUCUUUAAAGACUGUCUAUAUGUAUAUAUUACAGCUAUAAUUUUUACAGGGGAGAUGACAAUUUUUUUAAAAGAAUAAUUUUUUAAAACAAUAAAAGGGAAAAUCUCAGGA